AUGGAUGUUUUCGAUGAAAAUAAUACGACAAUAAAAGAGGAAAAUCCAUUAUCAUUGGAUGAUCCAUUUUCGGGAUCGCCUUUAUCAAGUACUCCAAUACCAGAAACGCCUAAAAAAGAAACCACUUCUAAGAAAUCAAAAUGGACUCCAGAAGAAGAUCGAAUGCUCAUUGAAAGUGUUACGAAACAUGGAAUGAGUAAUUGGUCUCUAGUUGCUACAGAAGUGCAAGGUAGAUCCGGAAAACAAUGUAGAGAAAGAUGGACCAAUCAACUUUGUCCAUCAUUAAAUAAAGAUAACUGGACACCUCAAGAAGAUCAAAUUCUAAUAAAACAGCAACAGAUUCAUGGGAAUAUGUGGUCUAAAAUUGCACAUUUCCUUCCAGGGAGAUCAUCAAAUUCUGUAAAGAAUCGUUGGUCUUGGCUAUCGAGGCACCGUUUAUCUUUAACAAGUCAAAUGCCAUUUGCUCAACGAAUGCAGGCUUCAAUUCCUGCAAUUAAACAAAUACAAACCUCUCAUUUUAAGGUGGUACCACCAAUUCCUCAAAUCUAUCAGACGCAACAGACUUGUCCCCAAGACAUGAGUUGGGGUUCUAAUACUGGAUCAUCAACACCAACAAUUCCAUUUUCCGAUCCAAAUUCAUAUCCAAAUGUUGGUAGUCAGUCAUCCAGUUCUAACUUCUCUCUAGAAGAUCCGUUUGAAGGCAAUACGAUGCAGUUUAGAAAUCAAAUGUCUGAUCUUGAAAUGGAUGAUGGUCCGUUAUCCAUGGAUGAUAAGUUAGAUACUUACUGGGAUAGCGGAUUUUAA